UCGAGAUCCUGCGCGCAUGUGUUGGGAUUACUUUUUAAUGUGUUGUGUGUGUUUUUGUUCUACAAGUAUUUACGGGAUAACACUAAUUUAAAAAGUGUCGAUAGUGUCACUUCGGUCUACGAUUCCUAUUUGUCUACAAUAAAACUUGAUGAAGAACGCAUGCACUAUCAGUGAUAUAAAGAAGCCGAGAUCCUGCGCGCAUUUAUGGGAUUAUAAUUUUGAUGUCAAUGUUUUAGUGGGAUAACUAUUAUUAUUAUUAUUAAAAAAUCGCGUAUGCUUACGGAUUACUAGUGUAUUAAUUUGAAAAAUGAAGAACCAGGGGCGAGCACUGAUGUUACGGGCGACACUAUGGAUCUGCACAGUUUUUAUUCCAACAGACUCGCAGUUUGCCGAUCCGAUUUCAUCCGUUAUGCGAUUUCUUCAAGAAGGUGAACAUGAAAUAAAUAACGAACCACCAGACCGAAUACAUUUUCUUUCGGAAUAUGACUUCAUCGUCGUCGGAGCGGGCACAGCUGGAUGCGUGGUCGCUAACCGCUUAACAGAAAUACCCGAAUGGAAGGUGUUACUUAUAGAAGCUGGUGCGAAUGAAAAUUAUAUUAUGGACAUUCCUCUUCUAGCGAAUUUCCUGCAGUUUACUGAAGCCAAUUGGAAUUACAAAACCGAGCCCUCUGACAGAUAUUGUGCUGGUUUUGAAAAAAAGCAAUGUAAAUGGCCACGUGGUAAAGUUCUCGGAGGUUCGAGCGUUCUGAACUAUAUGAUUUAUACCAGAGGUUCGCCUCACGAUUUUGAUAAUUGGGAAGCGAAGGGUAACAAAGGAUGGGGCUGGAAUGACGUUCUUCCUUAUUUCAAAAAAAUCGAAAACUUCAACAUCCCUAGACACGAUAAUCGCGAAUAUCAUGGAUAUGACGGUUUCUUAAAUGUCGAACAUGCACCUUUUCGUACAAUUAAAAGCAACGCAUGGGUAAAAUCAGCGCAAGAGUUAGGUUUCAAAUAUAAUGAUUACAAUGGAGCAAAGCCAGCUGGAGUAUCUUUCUUACAACUUUCUAUGAAGAACGGAACCAGACACAGUUCCAACAGAGCAUACCUCCAUCCUGUUAACAAAAGAAAUAACCUCCAUGUCUCUAAAGUCAGCAUGGUUACUAAACUCAUUUUUGAUAAUACGCAAACCAAAGUAAUAGGCGUUGAAUUAGAGAAACUUGGCAAGCGAUAUAAAAUUUUAGUCAAAAAAGAAGUUAUAUUAUCAGCCGGUGCUAUUAACUCGCCUCAAAUACUUAUGCUUUCUGGAAUAGGACCCAGAGAUAAUUUAGAGUCUCUAAAUAUACCGGUUAAAAAGGAUUUACCUGUAGGAUAUAACCUUAUGGAUCAUAUCGCAGCCGGUGGGAUUCAAUUUAUUGUGCAACAACAAAACGAAAGCCUUUCUACGAGUUAUUUUAUGAACCACUUAGACCUGGUAUUCAAAUGGAUGAGUAACCACCAAGGUCCUUUAUCAGUACCCGGAGGAUGCGAGGCUCUUAUCUUUCUGGAAUUGAAAGACAAAUUCAACAUAACAGGCUGGCCUGAUAUGGAAUUGCUUUUUAUAGGUGGAGGUCUUAAUUCUGACCCUAUAUUGCCAAGAAAUUUUGGUUUCGAUGAACGAAUCUAUUAUAAUACAUACUCUUCACUAGGUAACAAAGACGUUUUCAUGGUAUUUCCUAUGCUUAUGCGACCUAAAUCUAAAGGAAGAGUGUUAUUGCGGAGCAGAAAUCCGAAAGUUCACCCAACUUUGGUUCCAAACUACUUCGAAUAUCCAGAAGACUUGCAGAAAAUCGUCGAAGGUAUCAAAGUAACUAUUGAAAUUUCAAAGCAACCAUCUUUGAAAAAGAUAGGAACUAAGUUGUACGAUGUACCCAUUGCAGAAUGUUUAAAAUAUGGCCCAUUUGGCAGUGACGCUUACUUUGCUUGUCACGCACAAAUGUUCACUUUUACAAUUUACCAUCAAAGCGGGACUUGUAAAAUGGGAUUAGAGAGUGACCCAUCAUCAGUUGUAGAUCCUAGAUUGAGAGUACAUGGCAUUUCCAGAUUAAGGGUCAUCGACGCUAGCGUAAUGCCUGAAAUAACGUCUGGUCAUACUAAUGCUCCAACGUACAUGAUUGCAGAAAAAGGUGCCGAUAUGAUAAAAGAAGACUGGGGGAAGAAACCAUGACAACUUUAUUUGUCUAAAAAAUAUUUAUUUGUAAUUUAGUUAAUUAAUAAGACUGUGAUGUAAUUAUAAGUAUACCUAAUUAAAAUAGUUCUUUCCAUUAGCCUAUUACCAAUGCUUCGAUACGUUACAGCCCAGGACAUCGGUCUCCUACUCGGGGAGUUUGGUUUCGCUCCCUGGCUCUUACUUUUCCGAGUCAUGUGCGUCUUAAGCAAUAUAAUCACUUGUUUUAAGGAAAACUCCUUUACCGUCAAAGCAAGCAAUUAAAGCAAGUCCUGAGGAAACUUCCAUGCCUGAAAGUUCUCCAUAAUGUUCUCAAAGAUGUGUGAAAUCUGCCAACCC